AAGGGAGGCAAACAGGAGAAAACAAGCACCAGAGUCAGAGGGAGGAACGCAUCCAGACAUUUGAUCGUGGCUGCAACUCUGCACAUUUGAUCAACUCCUGAGGAAUCUGCUGAAGGAUGGAGUGGUAUGUCCUGGUGCUGAUGCUGAGCUUACCCCCCUCCAUGCACACACAUUGUUCUUCACAGUGUCACAAAUGUUUGCAGUACAUUCUUAAGCCCAACAACGCCUACAGUAGCCUGUGGUGCGGGGUGUUGUGUCAGGAUGAGCCGGGGCUGUGUGAGCAUGCUCCGGGGCUGGAAGACUUGAGACACGAAGGUGAGAAGGCGCAGGAGGGGGAGGACAGCAAAGAAGCCGACGUGCGGUUCGUGAAGAGGCUGGACCAAACCACCAGGGAGCUACUGUCCUCCCCUUGGCGGGACAAGCACGUCGCGGACUUGUUGAAGAAGAAGACGGGGGAGAGAGGAGCGGACGUGUCGGCGCAAGAAGCGGAGGACGCCCAGGAGGGGAACAUCCUCCGCGGCUACGAUCACGUUAAACGUUACGGCGGCUUUUUACGCAAGUUUGGUCCAAAGUCCAAGAGGAGCGAGGCCGAGGAGCCCGAAGAGCUUCAGAAGCGCUACGGUGGCUUCAUGAGGAGGAUCAGACCGAAACUAAACAACAUCAAGUGGGACAAGCGUUAUGGAGGCUUCCUCCGUCGUCACUUCAAGAUCUCGGCGCGCUCCGCGGAGGAGCCUUUCUCUUCUUACUACGACGACCACCUCAGUCGAGAAACAAGAUGAAUCGAGUACAGCACAAUGAACCCUUCCUGCAUCUUUACUUCAUCUUCUAUUUAACCCCAAAUCAUGCCUGCUGUACUCGCUGCCUUUUUUGUCUGUGCCCUUCGUCGUUGAAUUCGAAGUUGUAGCGUGUUUCAUAAAACCAUGAAUACAAUUAAGACUGCAACUUUUGUCCAUAAUGGUAAAUACAAUAAAAUAUAUUCUACACCAAGAA